GAAAUCUAUUUCCGUGGAAGCACCGUCGACUGAAUCACGCGUAACCCAUACCCACCUCUCUAAGCUACCUUUUCCUUCACUUCACCUUCCUCAAACCAUUUUCUUCUUCCAAUUCUCAAUUUCUCAACUUUCUCUUUCCAAUUCUCCAAUCACCAACCAUGGUUCCACCGGCGACACAACCGCCGAACCCCCAAGAAACCCAACAAUUCCUCAGCUCCGUCCUCUCCCAGCGUGGCCCAUCCGCCGUCCCCUACUCCGAAGACACCAAAUGGCUCAUCCGUCAACACUUGAUCUCUCUCCUCACAACCUUCCCUUCCCUUGAACCCAAAACCGCUACCUUCACUCACAACGAUGGCCGCACCGUUAACCUCCUCCAAGCCGAUGGAACCAUACCCAUGACGUACCAAUCUGUUACCUACAACAUCCCUGUUGUUAUCUGGCUCAUGGAAUCGUACCCUCGUCACCCUCCUUGUGUCUAUGUUAACCCUACCAGAGACAUGAUCAUCAAACGCCCUCACCCUCAUGUUAACCCUUCUGGCCUUGUUUCUGUUCCGUAUUUGCAUAAUUGGAUCUACCCUAGCUCCAAUUUGGUUGAUCUUGUUCUCUCUUUGAGUCUUGUAUUUGGUCGUGACCCUCCUCUUUAUUCCCAACGUAGAACUAGUAACAACAACCCUAAUCCCAAUCCCAAUCCCAAUCAUAACCCUAAUAAUAACCCUAAUCAUAACCCUCAUCAAAAUCAUCAUCCUAAUCCGAAUAUCAAUCAAAGUUCUAAUUUUGCAAAUGCUUCUUCAUCUGGGUAUCCCCAUCCUGCUAGGAAUAAUUACCCUCCUUCGCCUUAUUCGCCUUCGCGUCCUACUCAUACGGAGGAUCCUACUGAGGUUUUUAGGAGGAAUGCUAUUAACAAGCUUGUGGAGAUGGUACAUAAUGAUGUUACAUCUCUGAGGAAGACUAGGGAAGCUGAAAUGGAGGGUUUGUUUGGUUUGCAAGGGGUUUUGAAGCAGCGGGAGGAGGUUCUGGAUAAAGGUGUGAGGGAAAUGCGAGAGGAGAUGGAGGGUUUGGAGCAGCAACUUCAGAUGGUUUUGAUGAAUACUGAUGUUUUAGAGGGUUGGUUGAGGGAUAAUCAAGGGAAGAAGUUGGAGAGUUUGGAGAAUGUGGAGGAUGCUUUUGAGUGUGUGGAUGUGCUUUCUAAACAGAUGCUUGAUUGUACUGCUGCUGAUUUGGCUAUUGAAGAUACUCUUUAUGCGUUGGAUAAGGGUGUUCAGGUGGGAGCUGUGCCGUUUGAUCAGUACUUGAGGAGUGUGAGGGUGUUGUCGAGGGAGCAGUUCUUUCACCGGGCUACGGCUGCUAAAGUUAGAGCUGCUCAGUUGCAGGCUCAGGUUGCUACUAUUGCUGCGAGGAGUCAUCAUUAUGGUAGCUGAGGAGACAUGGCUAGGUUUGUAUCUGAAGGUUAUGGAAUCGUUCGUUGUUAGUUCUAUUUGGUACAGAUUGCUAUUUGUUUAUUGAGUUUUAAGUUGCUGCUUCUGUCCAAUAGCAUAAAUUGGCAGCCCCUUAUGCCUCGAACAGCUUUGAGAUUUUACGCGCAUGAGGCUGUACCGUUGUUUUUAUACAGAUUUAAUGAUAUAAUUUUCUUGAAACUUUGUUUUAAGGGACUGUUAGCUCAAGUUUUUCAGUGUUUAGAGGUAUACUUGUUGUGGAUCACUGGUUUGUCUCACUUUGUAUUUUUUAAAAACAAACAUUGGAUAUAUUGUGAUAGGUAUAUAUAUUUUUUGUUGAAUUAA